AUGGCGUCGUCCGCCGUACCCCGCCACGCCGCAGGCGCGCGGACUUUGGCCGGGAGCGUCAAGAUGGCGGCGGUAGCGCUGGGCGCAGCAGGCGCCGCAAUAAAUGGCGGAAUUUCCGCCGUCGUUGGCGCUGGCAGCCGCGCGGGGGGAUCGGCGGGGGCGGGGGAAGCCGCCGAUGGGCAGGCGUCGAGCCCCAAAGGCGCCUUCCGGGGUGCUGGCAGUCCGCGCGCGUCUGGCGGACUGUUUCCCCGACAUGCGGCAGCGAACUACCUCUGCCUCAUGCUGCCCUUCCUCGCUCUCUCCACUCUCCAGCUGUACCUGAUGUGGUUACCAGAGCUGGGCCCCAUGCGGUUACCACAGGACGACUUCGUGGGAAGUAAAUCAACCAAGAGCAGGGCGCACCAAUUCAACUACAGAACACUGCUGGCUCACACAGCCAGUGACGUCCGCUCCUUGCACAAGCUGCUGGAGCAGAGCAGGAGAGAGCUGAAGGGGCAGGUGGCAGCGGGGAUUAAGAAGAUGGGGCUAGAGAUGCUGCAGACGAAGCAGGACAGUGCGCGUGGCGCUGCUGACGUGGCGGACUGGUGGCAGCACGAGCAGGGCAGGUUGAAGGCCAUGAGCCAGGACGUCGGGCAGCUGAAAGAUAUUGUCGGGCAGCAUGCAAGGAAGCUGGAGGCGCAAGUGCGAGCGGUGCAGGAAGCCUCUGGAAGCAGCGAGGAGCAGCAGGGGGGUGGCAAGGAUGGUUUUUCUUCAAGUGAAGAGCAGCAGGGGGAUAAAGGGGGCGACGAGGAUGGGGAGGUGGCACGGCCGGAGCAGUGGCAGAAGGGGCGGCAGGAGGCGUUGAUGCACUUCUGGGUGGCGGACGAUCGGCCGUCACUUUGGAAGCAACGAUCCUUCCAGCGCCAUGGGUCGUUCGGAUUUAUCAAGUUCAGCGCCUACCGAGUGAAUGCAUCCACGUUGGCAGUGCUGGGCCUGGCGUCCCUCCCCAUGCACCACGGCCGCCGCUUCUCCUCCUGCCGCUGGCACGCCUCCGCCCCUGCUGCUGCUGACAAUGGGGGAGUUGGCAGCGGUGGUGGGGGUGUGACUGAAGGCAUGCUAGUGCCUCUUUAUGUGGAGGAGCAUCACGACUACCUGUACGAGGCAGUGGUGGUGCUGUGUGUGCUGGAUGCCCCUUCACCAGCAUCAGGGGGCGUGUUGGAGGCAGAGAUCGAUGGGGAGGUGCUCUUCCCCUUCGUGGAACAACCAGGCCAGUCCAUGGAAGACCCAUCAACCUUCCCCAACAAUAUCGUCUUCUGCGGGCCGCCCAUGUUUGGCGCUAUCAGCCCGCGGGCGCUCACCGAGUGGCUGCACUUCCACCGCCUGCUGCUGCCAGUGGACCAUUUCGUCCUGUAUGACGCGGGCGGCGUGGCCGACCACGCUGACGUCAGCAGCGCCGUGCAGCCGUGGGUGCGGGCAGGGGUGGUGGAGGUUGUUGGGUUCGAGGAGUCGACACAGUACGACGUAUGGUCGUACGCACAGGCCCUAUCCACACACGACUGUCUAUACGGCAACCGCCAUGGGGCGCGGUGGCUGCUCUUCGCCGACCUGGACGAGUUCGUUGAGGUGCUGCCGCCUGCCACGCUGCAGCAGCUGCUACAGGACAACGCUGGCCGCCCGUGGAUCACGUUUGGGUGCACGUGGCCGCAUGCCUACUGCAUGAACACGUCCCUCUACCCGGACCAUCUGUGCCUGGACCAGUUCGGCCACCGCAAAUACGUCCUCAACCCGCGCCGCGUCUCCCUCGCUCAGAUCCACGUGAUUAUCGGGGGCGAUAUGGACGGCCUAGAUCUUCCCACGGACGUGGCGAGAUUUGCGCACUACAGGGGGCUGACGGCACGUGGGUACCCCAUGUGCGACCUGGGGGCACCGAGCCGCUGGUGGCGCUACCAUGAUGGCGUGGCGAGGAUGGCCCAGGCUGCUCGCUCCUGUCCUGCGCUUGUUGCUCCGGUCCCUGAGCGCUGCACAGCACAGGCACUUGCGAGCAGCAUUGCAUGA